AUGUUGGCAGCCCUCGCCUGAGAGAGGGUUCUCCGAAUCAAAGAUGGUGUGGGGCCCGUGCCAGUGAACUUGGUGCUGUCUGUGGGUUUAUCUGUUAUCCGGUCAUGACACCUGGUCGGCACAUCUGGAAACGGAGUUACGCGUUACUGGCAACUUACUGUUAAAAAAAGUGGAAGUUAGGGUUUUUUUUCCCUAACGAUAUUUUUUUGGGCAUAUUCACAAAAUGUCGCUAAUUCAGUGAUUUAUUCCUGGGACUUAAGGAUAUCUGAAAGUUGGACUCCUCACCGCUACUGCCCGCCAAAUAGGUUUUCUUCUGGAAAAACUACAAUGUAGACCGGUAGAAUGUUGUACCUGGUAGAAACGGGUACUCAGUACCACCCUCCACCAUUGGCCAAGUUCUUCCAUAGGUUCCCACAUGUCAAUAUAUCCCUUCAUCUUGUCAACUCCACCUUCGCACCAGACAGUGAGGUUUACCGGGAGUCCUUGGGGAUACUUGGUUCGAUACCAGCCUUAUGGUUGAUUAUCACUUUGUUCCUUCUCCUCAUCUACCUUUGUACAAGAUGCUGUGACAGGAAGCCUCGUCCAAAGCACAGCAUCGUCAUUCUUAAAUGGACACUCACGUUCUUCACAACACUAUGCUGUGGGACCGUUGGAGUUGGUCUUUAUGGGAACGAUGAUGUCCAUAAUGGGAUGAUGGAGCUGCUUACUGCGGGCCGCGCUAUUGAAGAUCUGAUAAGCAGUGUAAAAAAUCAAACUUCCACAAUUGACUCAACCCUAAAGCUGAAAGUUGAACAACUGUUAACGGAACUAGGCGAUGUAUUCGAUGAACCUGUCACUAAUCAAACAGCACGCGCUGUUCUUCUUAGUGUUUUGAACACUAUGACCACUAAUACUACAGCAGCGCUCGAAUCAUUAAAGGAAAUCGCUAAACCUUUAGAAAUUGUUUCAUUGGCUCCUGCGUUGAAACAACUCCAUCAAGCAGAAGCUAUAAGAUGGCCAGUUACCAUGACCAUUCUUAGCAUACUUCUUGUAUUUUGUUUAAUUCUUUUGUUUGGUGUUGCAAGGCAUUUACGUUGUGCCCUAAUAACGUUUUCAGUUUUUGGAUUGUUUGCUGUAAUAUUCUCUUGGUUAAUGGCAUCUAUUUAUUUAACUGCAUCAGUGGCUCUCGGAGACCUUUGUAUGAGCCCUCAGGCUGUGAUGGAGCGUGAAGCUCCAGCUCUGUUACAUCCGUCGAUAGUGAGGUAUUAUACCUCUUGUGAGACUGAUCGUAACACUCCUUUUAUACCGUCUGUUAGGAAGGCAACUAAAGCAGUAGAAAUUGUAUCAUCUUCGAUGGGGCUCAUGACUCGGAUAGCUAGACAACUAUACAAACCUGGUCAAUUACAUCCUAAAUUGGAUAUGCUAUCGAAAGAAGUGAAACUUGCUUCUAGUAUGAUUUCAAGUCUAGUGGCAAUGCUCGACUGUGGACCUAUACAUAGAGAAUACAUGGGAGCACUUCAUGCUGUCUGUGAAAUGGCAUUGUUUGGACUGACAUUUAUGCUGGCUGCAAGCAUAGGGGCUGGAUUCUUUUUUGCCGUCCUCGUUUGGCUCGACUCUCAUACAUGGAUCUAUAUUAGAAAAAAACGGGACUACUCCCAAGUGGAUGAGCAAGAUCCUUUCCUACCUCCAACUGCUGCAUCCCAGGCAAUUGCUGCAAGGGCGCUACACAGCCAAGGGUCGUAUGGCAGAUCAAUACAACACUACCCUAUGCAUGUUUAUGCACCUCGCUAAAUUUUUUGAUUGAUUUUAUCAUUUUAGUUCCUAAUUGGUAGCAUUUCUUUUUUUUUUUUUAUAUAUAUAUAUAUAAUUACUUUUUAUUUUUAUCUAUUUAUAUGUUUUUCCAUUUCUGUGGAAAGGGCACUGCCUGUUGAUAUUAGUUUUUAAAUGGUAGUUGCAUUUUCAUUAGUUGGCCAUUUUAUUCUUAUGGAUAAAUCUAACCACUAACCUCAUGAAUAAUUAUUGUGGUUUUUAGACUGGUGUUCAUUUUAAUAAUACCAAAGGUAAAGUUUCAUUAAAAGAGUUGAUUGGAAAUGCUGCCAACAAUUUUUAUUUUUCAAAUUAUUGUCAUGGAGAGCUUAUUACCUUAAGUUAUUUUUUUAAAUUAAAAAUAUUUUUCUGAUCCUUUGACAGCUGUUAAUAUUUAAUAUUUCUGCAUAGUAUGAACUUAUUUAAUCAAAUCAGUGCUUGGGGCAUAUUAGAUAUGCACUUAGCUUUAUAGGAAUUGCAAUUAUUAACUUAUAUUAAUAAUCUUCAUCAAAGUGAAUUUCGUUGCCAAAUUCAUAAUUUCGCUUGGAUGAUUUGGAAAUGCAUUGUGUAUUAUAUUUUAAAUCAUUGUUUUUAAAUUGCUUUAUUUAUUUAUUUUUCUGAAAUAUUGUGACCAUAAGAAAUGUAAUUUAUUUUAAGUCUGAUUUAUUUUUGUUUUAUUUUAGUUGUAGUUGAUUUUUAAAAGUUAAAUUAAAUUGCAUGCACUAAUUUAUAUUCUCAAAUUUUUGUAGAUUUAAUUGUAUUAUUUGUUAAAUUUAGAAUUUUGGUUAUCAAUAACUGUAUGAUUUGUUCUAAAACAAAUUGUAAUAUAGGUGUAAUUUUGCAUGGUAGACAAAACUUUCCCCGUCACCAAAGUUAGUUAAGUAAAGAAAUUUGUUUUAGAAAACUAUAUGCUUUUUUUUUUUUCCAUUUAUAAAAUGUUAAAAGAGAUAUAAAUAUUUUAGUU